AUGAAGUGGCUCGCUCUUUCUGCGCUCAUCGCGCCCUCCCAGGCUGCAUUGCGCUUCGGAUGCUCGACCUUGACCAUCCAGCGUCUCGACCCCCUCGUUGAGCCUGGCGCGCUUCCUUCAGCUCAUCUUCACCAAAUCGUCGGUGGUGAUGCCUUCAACGCCUCGAUGAGCGGUGACAUUGGUGAGCAGGGAACUUGCACGACCUGCACAUUUAGCGAGGACUUUUCCAACUACUGGACCGCCGUCAUGUUCUUCAAGCACCCCAACGGCACCUACAAGCGUGUCCCCAUCAUGCAGAACACAGCCCUGCCCAACGGCAUCAACGGUGGUAUGACCGUCUAUUACACCCAGCAGGACUUCAACUCGAACGGCAAUGUCAAGAUCACGUCGUUCCCGCCCGGAUUCCGCAUGGUCGUCGGCAACCCAACCACCACCUCCCUCAGCGGCUCCCGCGCCAACGUCGGCCUCAAGUUCGUAUGCCUCGAGAACAAGGGCACCCGCUUCCCCGAGCUCUCCGACUUCCCAACCAAGCCCUGCAGAGGCGGCAUCAUGACAGUCCACCAUUUCCCAGCCUGCUGGGACGGGAAAAACGUCGACUCCCCCGACCACCAAUCACACAUGUACAACACCGGCAAGGAAGCCUUCCAAAAUGCCGGCCCCUGCCCCGCCUCCCACCCCGUCCGCAUGCCCCAGGUCGCCUACGAGACCCUCUGGGACACGACUCAGUUCAACAGCAUGUGGCCCUCUGGCGGCGCCAACCCCUUCACCCUCUCCUACACCGACUCCAAGGGCUACGGCACCCACGCCGACUACCUCUUCGGCUGGAAGGGCGACUCCCUCCAGAGAGCCAUGGACCACUCGUGCAUGUUCAACGCGUGCGAAAACGGCCGGCCGCUCAAGUCGCAGAAUGUCGCCGCGAUGAACAGGUGCACCAUCAAGAAGAUUGUGAAUGAGGAUACCGGUGAUAACUGUGAGUUUUGCUGUCAUGAUUUUAUGUUUGGUGAAGAUGAAAAGCUGACUGGAGUGUCUUCAACAACAGGGAUCAAGGCUAUGCCCGGCCAGACUGCUGCCAGCUAA